UAUAUAAGAAUGUGAAAUACCUCUACAACCUGAACAACACAUACACCAUAUAUACUCUCCUCCAAAUCUAUCCAAUGGCUAGUGCUAUCAAAGUCUCAAAAUCCAUUCCAAGAUUGGAAGGUAAGGUUGCCCUUAUAACCGGCGGAUCUCGAGGAAUUGGUGAGUCAAUUGCAAGAUUGUUCACAAAACAUGGAGCCAAAGUGAUAAUUGCAGACAUCUUGGACGAUUUGGGCCAAACCGUUUGCCAAAACAUCGGUCUUGAUCUAGCUGCUUUCAUACACUGUGAUGUGUGCAUAGAGUCAGAUAUGGAAAGAGCCGUUAACUUCACUAUUGAAAAGUAUGGUAAAUUAGACAUUAUGAUAAAUAAUGCUGCUAUUGCAGGUGACUUAAAAUUUAGUAUCCUUGAAAAUGAUGUAUCUGAUUUUGAAAGAGUGUUAAGUGUCAAUGUAACCGGUGUUUUCUUGGGAACCAAACACGCUGCUCGUGUCAUGAUCCCUAAUCGUGGCGGAAGUAUUAUUUCAAUUGGAAGUAUUGCUUCAAGUAUAGGUGGAAACACUUCCCAUGCCUAUACAAGUUCCAAACAUGCUGUAGUUGGACUCACAAAAAACGUUGCAGCUGAGCUUGGCGAAUUUGGGAUUCGUGUUAAUUGUGUUUCUCCUCAUUUUAUUCUAACACCCGCGACUAAACCAAUUGUGGAGCAAUAUCCACACUUGUAUACCAAUGUUUAUUCCAACCUUAAAGGACUGGAUCUUCAGGAACAAGAUGUGGCCGAGGCGACUCUUUUUUUUGCUAGCGACGAGUCCAAGUAUAUAAGUGGUCAUAAUCUAGCAAUUGAUGGAGGCUUUACGGCAAUCAAUCCAUCUUUUGGCUUGUUUUCAAGACUUAAGGCUAACUAGCUAUGGAAGGGCGAACCACGGUUAUUGCUAGAGUGUGCGAAUAUUAAAUAAUUAGAACAACUAUAUACGUAUUAUCUAGUAGUUCAAUUCGUAGCUUCCAAAAGUCUAAAUAUGUUUGUAAUGAUUUCAAUAUUUCGAUUCAAAUCCAGUAUUUCUAAGUAUGUUUAAUGGCAA